CUUCGAAAGGAACGUGUAAAUAAGGACUCUCGAUUUGCGACACAGUCGAUAUUAAAAUCGAUGCAGAAAGUGUACGUAAAAACCAAUAAAUAUUUUUGUUUAUAUGACACAUAUGUUGUGAUUUAUUGUGGCGAUUAAAGUAACGUCAUAGAAGACACAGAAUGGCAAGUGAUAUCUUGGACCCCAUUUCGACAGCUUGUGAACGUCUAUUUGAUGUUCUUGGAACACAAGAUGAGAGGAAUGACCAAGAAGAAAUUAUACUAGAUCACAUCAAACAGUGUGCCAGCAUGGAUAUCCAAAUUGGUGACUUCAGUAGGGAUCUGGAAUGGUUCAAUGUAUCCGAGCCCCUGACUUUAAGUAAAGACUUAAGAGGAAAAAUUGUUGUGCUGGAUUUUUUCACAUACUGUUGCAUUAAUUGCAUGCACGUUCUGCCUCAUCUGAAACAGCUAGAGACGCGAUACUCAGCACGGGACGGUCUGGUGGUGGUUGGAGUUCACAGUGCCAAGUUUGACAAUGAGAAGGACUCUGCAAACAUAUUGGCCGCAAUUCAACGUUACAACAUCACACACCCUGUAGUGAACGAUGCUGAGGGGAUUAUGUGGCAAGACCUUGGUAUUCCGUGCUGGCCGACACUACUCAUUGUAGGCCCAAAUGGAGAGGCGCUGUUCUUAUUAGUAGGUGAGGGACACGUAAGCGAUGUGUUCAAGUUUGUGAAGACUGCAAUGAAUUAUUAUAAAAAUCACGAACAACUGCUUUAUCACACGUUACCAUUGUCUCCUGCAUUGCACAUUCUCCCAGAAAUAAAGGGACCAUUAUUGUUCCCCGGAAAAGUCGCAUGUAGUAAUGUCACCGUACAAGACGAAGAAGGCGCACACAACAAAGCAGAUAAUAAUAAUGACAGAUCAGUUGCAAGGAAACUUGAGUCAGAUAAUAAUAACAGCAUUAGUAAAGGCAGCAACAACUUAAGUGUACUGCGGGAUGGCAGACGUCUAGAGAGACUGGCAGUUUCCGACACGGGACACAAUCGGAUUAUUAUAUUUAAUACACGCGGCGGAACUGAGUAUGUGAUUGGUGGAGAUGAACCUGGUUUCGUAGAUGGUACUUUUCAAGAUGCUCGAUUUAAUAGUCCUCAAGGGGUGGUGUUUCACCAUCCAACUUUGCUGUACGUCGCAGACACAGAAAACCACGCUGUCAGAGAGAUCAAUUUGCAAACAUCGCGUGUCAGAACACUCGUUGGCAGAGGAGUUCGAGGUUCGGAUCUUGUCUGUGGAGCGCAGUUUACAGAACCGGUGAUCUCAUCACCAUGGGAUCUGUGCCUGGUGUCUAGCACUGUGAUUUCAGGGGCAUAACCUCUAGAAGAGUCAGAUAGAGAUGUACUGCUAAUUGCCAUGGCAGGAGUGCAUCAGAUCUGGGCACUGUUUCUCAACGACACUACAUGGUGGAAGGGGAAAGUGUACGCACCCGGCGCUUGUGCCGCUGUCGUAGGCAACGGUAAAGAAGAAAAUCGAAACAACUCGUACCCGCACGCGGCUGGAUUAGCUCAGCCAUCGGGUCUCGCCGUAGCAAGCGAACUGCAAACCGUCUUUGUUGCCGACAGCGAGAGCUCCAGCAUUCGCAAGAUAUCGUUAACAGAUGGGAAGGUGUCGGCUGUGGUGGGGGGUGACAAAAGUCCCUUUAACCUGUUUGCUUUUGGGGACAAAGACGGAAAGCAGUUUGACGCAAAACUGCAGCACCCUCUGGGUGUUGCUUGGUGUAACGAAAACAAAACUCUGUACGUUGCAGACUCAUACAAUCACAAACUAAAGGCUGUGAACGUACAGAGUAGCGUCUGCUCAACUGUACUGGGAUCAGGAAAGCCAGGCAACGAGACUGGGUGUUAUGAAACUCCAGACGCCGUACAGGUAACAGUCAUCAGAACUUCAUUAUUCAAAGGCAGGAAAAUAAUGAUUGUAGAUGGUUUGUUGCAGCUGGAAAUAUUCCUGCCACAAGAGCUCAAACAGGUGAAAAGUAAGAAGUCUGGUACAGUGCUACCAACAGAUCUAACAAUCAGUUCAGCUGGUGGGGAAAUCAGCCUGUAUCUAUCAAUCGCACUAGAUGAUGGCCUAACACUCACAGAUGGUGCACCUCAGAAAUGGGCUCUGGAGCUCCCAGAUACGUCAUGGUCAGCCACAACCUCUAGCGGGGAAUACGAACGAGAGAUGACACUGCGCAUACUUGUUCCAAAGGAGAAGCAAACUUCCACCACGAGUUUCUCCGUCAACUAUUGUUUGUACGUUUGUCACGAACAUUCAGAAUGCAGCAUGCAAAAACUACGCUUCGUUGGAACUGUCAUAUAUGCUGAAGGUGCACCGGUCAAAGUUAUCCACAGUUUCACUCACGUGAUCAGACCGUAUCAAACGCGAUCUUCAAGCAAUAACAAACCAUCAUAAUCCAUGCAUAAGCUUAAUUUUUAUAACCACCCAAAUAUUUUUUUUUAAAUCUGUGUUUAUCGUCAGUUUUAUUAAAAUGUGAAUGUUAUUUUAAAAAUGCAUAAAAUAAAGAAUAUCUGUAUUAUGUUGAAACUUGAAAUAAAGUUUAUGAAAAUGUACCCUCACCCACAAUCUUUCCUUUGCCUGAGACAAAGCUUCAAACCUUAAUAACUCUUUAGCAAUACCAACACUU